AUCAAGUACCUAGGCGCAUGGUGCCUAAACUGCUUCUACAAACAUUUGUGAAAGAAUGGUUCGCGUUCAGGAGCUCAGUGAAUUCAAGCGUGGUACCGUGACAGGUUGCCACCUGUGCAAUAAGUCCAUCUGUGACAUUUCCUUGCUACUAAAUAUUCCACAGACAACUGUUAGUGGUAUUAAAAUAAAGUGGAAGCAACUGGGAACAACAGCAACUCAGCCACGAAGUAGUAGGCCACGCAAAGUGACAGAGUGGGGUCAGCACAUGCUGAAACGCACAGUGCGCAGAAGUCGCCAACUGUCUGCAGAGUAAACAGCUAAAGACCUGCAAACUUCAUGUGGCCUUCAGAUUAGCACAGCAACAGUGCACAGAGAGCUUCAUAGAAUGGGCUUCCAUUACUGAGCAGCUGCAUCCAAGCCUUACAUCACCAAGUGCAAUGCAAAGCGUAGGAUGCAGUGGUGUAAAGCAAGCCACUACUGGACUCUAGAGCAGUGGAGAUGUCUUCUCUAGAAAUAUGAAUCACACUUCUC